AUGCCUCCUAAACCAAAGCCAAAACCCAAUAAACCCCCCAAGUCAGCCGAUCCAACUCCCCAACUUGAUCAACCCAAACGCAAACGUCUUACCCUACAACUACACAAGCCUGUUUCCCAAAUCACGGCCUGCCAAGAUGAGGCAACGCGCGGUUCUGGCUGGUUGUACCUAGAAGAUACAGAGCCCCUAAGGCAGCGGCGAUACGUAGUUGUUGCCUGCGACGAAUUGAAGGGCAUCUUCAUCAUCAAGUAUAAGUUUGUUGACAGAGAUAUGAUGAUAUACCAUGGCAAAGCUAUUGGGCAUCACAAUGGUAGGCUGGAGGGAAACAUGCCUACAAACAAAUCAGAGGAUAAUUCCAAUCAGCAAAUAGUAUUAUCAGAUGAGGAUGCAACCAACACCAACACUAACACCAACACCAAUGUGAACAAUGCUACAAACAAAAAAACUGUCAAAAUUGAAUUAGAAGAGGAUGUUUUGGGAGAUGAACCAUCUGAACAGGAUUGGGAGAGUGAGGGAUUCAAAAGUGAAGAAGAUAUGGGACCUGUACAGUAUGACUAUUGA